CCGCUUAGACCGCACUUUGAGCGGUGGCUGUCAUAGGCUUGGCAAUUGACAAGGAUAUGUGGAAAAGUUAAUGACUCCCCGUACGUCGAACACACGCUACUUUCUCCCCUGAACAAGUGCUGAUGAGUAAGAUUUGUAUGUCCUAUAUGUAAUCGACUGAGUGCUCUUUGCUCUGUUGGUCCCCAUCGGUCAGGCCAUGGUAAGUUGUGUGUUUAAUUAAAUUUAAGAAACUGGGACUAUUAUGCCACUGCUCUUCCCAUUGAUGUCGGAUUGUCGUUUUGCAUGUGCGGAUUAAGUCCACUGGGUAUCCGGUAUGGAAUCUUGUCGUUGUUGCUUCCUGCUUUGGCAAGUUGGUCAGCCAGUUCGUUACCAGCAAUUCCGAUAUGUGCAGGGAUCCAGCAUAGUGCUGUUGAUUGAUUGGAUCUUCCUUUCCUCCUAGUGCUUGAAGAACGCUCGCAGAAUCGGUGAAGAUGACGGUGUUGUGAUGCUCUGUCAUCACGUUGUUCAGUGCAAAAAGGAUCGCCAUGGCUUCGGCAGAGAAAAUAGAACAUUCCAUCGGGAGUUUCCUGGCCACUGAUUUUGAUUCACCGAAACCAACACUAUGAGGUUAGAUAUGUAUCUGUUCCCCUACCACACCGGAAGGCGAACUGUUGGUUCAGAUGAUGGUUACUUUCAAGGUUGAUGCAGAUUUUGCCAACAUACUCAGUGAUGCAAACACGUCUUGCCUAUUUACGGAAUGGGAAAAUUAUGCUGAUUCUUUUCUUGAAUAUGUGAAACACUCCACUAUAAAAGACAAAUUUUGUAUAAAUCUUUUAAACCAGCUGGAAUCCGAGAACUUACAAACAGAUUACCGUCAUUAUAUCGUUGCAUCAUUGUUCCACGCUGUUAUAAAACCGGUGAGAAACUCUGCCAAUAAAUUACCGACUAUAGUUCAAGCACAGAACGACGUAUGUACUCUAGUUUCAUGCAACAAGGAGUACGCAGAUGCAACUGCAAAGCUGCGCGAAGAUACACAGAAAGUGAAAGAUUCUCUGCCCCCGCGAAUUUUCAUCAUCAAGAAUACUGACCAAAUUACAUUUUUCGUGGUUUACAAUGGACUAGAAUAUAUAUUGCCGUCAUUUCUUCGUGCUGUUGAUGUAGCGUUGAAACUCACAUUCGUUUUGGACCUGCCGUUCACAGAGAGUGCAGUAUUAUUUUGGGGUUUUAUUUCCCGCUAUUUUUAUAAAAUAGACUUUCGAAAACACGCACAAAACAAACAAAUCUUACUGUUAGAGCAAUUUCUCCAAAACAGGCAGAAUGAACAUUGUAUGAAUUAAGAUAAUCUGUGAUAGUCAUGGCACCUAUCAUAGGACUAUAUAUUUUAUCCGCUGUGUGCAGCUCAUUCAGUUUAAAAUAACAAGUGCUAUAUGCAUAAACACCCGUUUAUUGAUACACUAGUCUAUCAAAAACACGAAUACUGACGAUGGAAGACGGUCUGGUAUGCUUCAAAUGUGAUGACGUUUUUCAUCAAGCCGAAACAUAUUUCGAACAUCUUACUGGAAUUCACGGAUCGUUGCCAUAUUCUACUUACCAUUGUACAGUGUGCGUACCCCGCACUGUUUUCCAGUGCGACAUAUAUUAAAACAGCAUUCUAAAUCGUUCAAAAACGUCAAAUUGACUGAACAACAGGAUCUGUUUAUUCAGAAAAGUAGUGCCAUCAUCGCUGAACAACCUGGUCCAUCAUCAGUAACUCUGAUCUGAUCUGAUCUGAAAUUUUACUCUAAAUCUUUACGCUAAAAAAUAUUACCACGAAAGCAAGUUUUAAAUUUACAACAAUCGAUUACAUCAAAUAUUGUAGGACCUAUAAUAAAUGCCUUUGAACAGGUUAGUCAACUUACAGGUAGUCCAAAUGUUAAAAAUUUGCUAAGGGAUUUAAAAGAUCCAUUCGAAUUUAUUAGGACAGAGCACAGGUUUAACUCACAGUUGAAAAGUUUAGAAUUAACAGAAGAACCACGUGUAUUAAAAUAUGUGGACAAAGACGGUAACGGAUAAGUAAAAGGUUGUCUCACACCAAUCAAAUUUCAAAUAAGAAAACUGUUUGAAACGAAGAGUAAUCUGAGUAUUACACUUGAUAAUAUAAAUACUUUGGAGUCGAAUCAAAAUAUUUCGAGUUUGAUUAAUGGGUAUGCAUGGAAGACUAUAAAAAGCGAGUACAAAGAUAAAUUAGUUAUACCAUUUCAUCUAUUUUCGGAUGACGUCGAGAUUAAUGAUGCAAUUGGUGCUCAUUCCGGUGUACAAAAAGUGUUUAUAUUAUAACUCCUACUAUGCCCACAUAUUUAAAUUCUCGUCUGGCUAAUAUUUUUGUAGCUGGCUUCCUUAAAAGUAAUGCUAUUUCACAGUUAGGACCAUCAGAAUCGCUAAAGGAGUUGAUAGAUAUAUUUGUAGAUUUAGAAACAAAUGGUUUAAAUCUAAAACUAAAGGGAAAAACAGUUAAAGUAUAUUUUGUUCUAGUUAGCUUUUUGGGAGAUAACCUCGGAAUUAACGUUCUUUCAGGGUUUGCUCCAUCAUUCAGUUCGAUGUUUUUCUGUCGUUUUUGUAAAACUAAUAAGUAUAACGCUCAAAUACAAAUUAUAAUAGAUGACACGUUGAUAAGAACUGUCGAAAAUUACAAUGAAGAUAAACAUAGAGACUUCAAGGAAACAGGAAUCGAAGAACCGUCAGAUUUAAAUAAGCUUACUUGUUUUCAUGUUGUAAACAACCAAGUGGUUGAUAUCAUGCAUGAUUUUUUUUCGCAUGGCAUUUGCAAUUAUGAUUUGGCUAUCAUUUUAGAAUACAUGAUUGUAAAAUUGAAAAUUUCGCUCAAAAAAAUUAAUUACUGUAUUCAAGUCUUCGAUUUUGGACCCACGGAAAAUAGAAAUAAGUUUCGUAAAAUUACAAGACAGCACAUAUCUAAAGUAGCUUUCAAGAUGACUGCUCGCGAGAUGAUGAUGUUUAUUCAUUACUUCCCGCUGCUUUUUGGUACACUUUUUCCUUUAAACGAUAAGGUUUGGGAUUUUGCUUGCUCAUUAGUAGAAUUGGUUGAUUCAAUACUGUUACCUAGGUAUACAACAGAAAUUCUAGAUGCUUUGCAGGAACAAAUUGUAUAUCAUCAUACCUUAUAUUUAAAACUUUUUAAAACUAAAUUAAAACCCAAAUAUCAUAUACCGUUACAUUAUGUACAAUCAAUCAAACAUGUAGGUCAUAUCCGCUAUAUUUGGUGCUUCAGAUUUGAAGCAUUUCAUCAAAUAUUCAAACAAUAUUGUAGAAACAUAACGUCCCGUGUUAAUAUUUGUCUAACCCUUUGCAUUAAAGCUGGUUUAGUAUUUGCAAAUAAUUUGAAAGACAAUAAUUUCAUUCCACCCAUUAUAAAAUACACCAAAGGAAAAUUAUUGCUUCCGAACUUAGAAAUUUUUCAAUACUUGAAAACAUUUAUAAACUUCCUACUUUAAAUAUAUCUACUUGUAAUUUAGUAACAUACAAAGGGACAGAAUAUCGAUUGGGAUAUUUUUUAACAAUUUCAUCGAUCAACAUGAACAAUAUACAACUCAUGGAAAUUUUAGAACUGAUAAUAUGCGGCGAAGAAUUGUUUAUAUCAUGCAAAGAAUGGUUGAUUCAGGGCUAUAUACAUACUCUUUGUUGUUCUUUUGAAAUCAUGGAUAGCCUUUCCAGAUAUGUUAUAUGCAAAGCAGAAGAAUUUGAUGGACCCCCAAUACAUGUGUACAAAAUUAACAAUAAACAGUUAAUAAGAUUAAAAAAAUAUUAUUAGGUUACGUACAGGACUAUUUUGAAUAAAUGUCUGAACAUUUCAAAAUGAAAUAAAUCUGUGACUUCGAAACAGCGGCUAUCUAUAGAUAUGCUUAUUUGUAACAGCAGAAGAAACCACUAAGAAACAUAUUGUUCGAUAUUAUAUAAUAUAACCAACUUAUGUUAUUUUAUAAGAAAAGAAAACAAUUCCAAAAUGUAACAUUCUUGUUAAA